AUGUCCGAGCCCAUAGCUUCUUCAUCGUCUAUGCCAGCAGCAACGAGGACUCCGGUCCGUUCAACUUCAAGUUCAUUGCCAACGUAUUCUUCUCCUACUAUAGAUCCCCCAAGCUCGAUAGACGAUAGUCUCUCUGAUGUGGAAAGCUCGACACCAAUACACAAUGAUUCCUCUACGACUUCACUGGAAGAGGAACCCUCGGAUCUUCCAAAAAGCCCACGGCUUACGCCCAAACUUGAUAAUUCCAAGUCGUCUCAGAAGACUGUCGCUCCCGUUUUGAAGAAUUCCCAGACAAGGAAGACAACACCAAAGAGAAAGGCAACACCAAAGGAUAAAGGAGUUGUUUCUUCACUCAAAAAGGAAAUACACAGCGAGGAGAAACGGCCCCUUGAAAGAACCCGUCGCUCUGAGAGGAUCCGAGCUCGUAGUGUGGGUCUAGACAGCCCUACCUUCAAUCGUUCGUUAUUUGUCCCAAGAGGUAAUCCGUCACCAUUGCUGGCCCUGCGGCAGCCACUGGGGAAGGAGGAGGCAGGGCAGGAUAUAGGCCACCUACACGGGCUAUCAGGACAAUAUGAGUCUCAGAAUUCUACGUCAGAUACCGAGAUUGGAGUGGAAGCUCAAGCUGCUGAACAGGACCUCUCUGCAAUCGCCCCUGAACAAGAUGGUGCUCAGUUAGAGAUUCCUUCGCGCCCGGGUACUCCAAGUGAUCAUGAGCAAGGAGAAGCGGAAAGUAAAUCAGAAGCAGAAGCACAAGAAGACGACGACGAGGAGGACGAGGAGGACGAGGAGGAAGGAGAACAAACCAAAGCAGGAAAUAUAUCAACUCCGAGCAACAAAUCUGGGCGACCCCGAUUUCGCCCUUACUCGGCACGGAAAGACGACCCCUCGAAGAUUGAACUCAAGCCAAAGCUCGAUAUCAACAGCCUUAUAUACAACUUUAUUAUAAAGGACCAUACAGUCCCUGAAGAAGCUGGUUGGGUCUAUAUUCUCCAAGGGCCGGAAUAUACUGCCGGGCACGUCAAGAUCGGCAUGACCAAAACCACCCCCAAUACUCGAGCAGCAAAGUGGAGGAAGGAUUGUGGGGACCCUCUUUUGCAAUUAGUUGCAGACGACUAUGAGGAUGCUUUUGAUUACUAUCCCCUUGUUGAAAAACUUGUUGGUUACGAGCUUUCCAACGAAAGGAGGAAACUCUAUUGCGAACCUUGCAACAAGGUUCAUCAAGAAUGGUUUGAAGUCGACGUUGAUAUAGCUCAUCAGAAACGACGGACAUGGCGAAACUGGAUACUUCAUCAUAAACCAUUUGAAGCAGGAAAGUUAUCGCCGUAUUGGCAUUGGAGGGCCGCAAAGCUCAAGACUUCUCUUUACGUAGUUGAUUGGGAGGAAUGGACUCAACCCCAUGACUCCGACUACUGGCGAUAUUGGAGGCAUGAAUUGGCUGUCGCUGUGCGAUAUUGCAGGCAUGAAUUGGCUGUCGCUGUGCAGGCCCAGUUCAGUACAAAGCGGAAAGAUCGCCAAUUCUGGAGAAAUGGGGCUGACGUGCUAGUUAUUUUGUAUUGUAACUUUGGUGAGGUUGGCGUAUUUUGGGGAUGUCUGAUGUUGUUGAUUCUAUGA